AUGGUUCUUAAAUUGUAAACAAAUGGGAUGUGUGGUUUGUUGUGAUGGUGUUUUUAGCAAAUUAAAAUAUAAAUAUUUUGUUAUGCCCGAAUUAUUACGACUCAUACGUGAACCUUCCACGAGCAUAUGACAGCGAAUUAUUUUUAAAAUCUAUAGAACUGAGUGCCUUUUUUUAAAGCACGUAAUAAUUUUUUAGGCGGUGAAAUUUAAAUGAUUUUAUGUUUGAGGUUUUUUAAAUGAGAAAUGAAUGAAUUGGGCGUUUAUUGCACUACCGUUUCGUCCGACUCUGUAAGAGGAAUAGCAGAAAGUAUUGGCAUAAGUGAUUUGAGUACUGAAGCAGCCAAAGAAUUAGCAGAUGAUGUAUCUUAUAGGUUAAAAUUAAUCAUUCAGGAUGCUGCAAAAUUCAUGCAUCAUGGUAAACGUCAAAAACUGACUGUCGCAGAUGUUGAUCAGGCUUUGAAAGUCAAGAACAUUGAGCCACAGUAUGGGUUCGCGACGAGAGAGUUCAUCCCGUUCAGAUUUUCUUCCGGUGGAGGAAGAGAACUGAAUUUUCUAGACGAGAAGGAACAAGACAUAACGGAACUUCUGAGUAGUGCUAUGCCGAAGCUACCACCUGAAGUUCAUUUGCGAGCUCACUGGCUGUGCAUCGAGGGAGUGCAGCCGACGAUCCCGGAGAACCCGCCGCCCAUUUCGAAGGAAGCCCAGAAGCUGGAGAGCAUCGACCCCGUGAGCAAGUUCAGCAAGCUGGCCAAGGAGAGGGAGUCUGCUGGCAAGCCAACCACUGGGAAGGUCCACAGGCUCCAGAAGGUGGGGACGGUGCACGUGAAGCAGCUGGCCACUCAUGAGCUCUCCGUCGAGCAGCAGCUCUACUACAAGGAGAUCACAGAGGCCUGCGUGGGCUCGGACGAGAUCAGGCGAGCCGAAGCGCUGCAGAGCCUGGCGUCGGACCCGGGCCUGCACGAGAUGCUGCCGCGCAUGUGCACGUUCAUCGCGGAGGGGGUGAAGGUGAACGUGGUCCAGAGCAACCUCGCGCUGCUCAUCUACCUCAUGAGGAUGGUGAAGGCGUUGCUCGACAACCAGUCCCUGUGCCUGGAGAAAUAUCUCCACGAACUGCUGCCGGCCGUGGCGACGUGCGUGGUGAGCAAGCAGCUGUGCGCGCGGCCCGAGGCGGACAACCACUGGGCGCUGCGCGACUUCGCGUCGCGCCUGAUGCUGCAGGUGUGCAGGAACUUCAACACCUCCACCAACAACGUCCAGACCCGGGUCACCCGCAUGUUCUGCCGCACCCUGCACGACGAGCGGGUGCCCCUCGCGUCGCUCUACGGCUCCUUGCAAGGCUUGUGUGAGCUUGGCACUGAAGUAGUGAAAGUGUUCAUCUUACCAAGUUUGAAGUACAUCUCAAAACGCAUCGAAGAGACCUCCGACGGGCUUGUGCACAGCAAUGUUGACAGGAUCGCAGCUGGUCACAUCAGAAUUCUUAUGACGAAAGCACUGUCCCCGCUACUGAGGACCCUGCGGCAGCCGCCGGACCACCUGGAGGACUAUGUGUUGGAGUACGGCUCGCUGGGGUCCCACCUGCACGCGGCCGUGGCGAGGUCGCGCUGCCAGCCCCCGCCCGCCUCCCCCGCCGGCCCCCCUCGCCCCGUGGGCCACUCCGGCGUCCUGAAGCCCUUGUCCGCCUGCCACCCGCUGGACCUCGAGCACCAGGCCUCAGAUGUGUCUUUCAUAUCGAAUGGAGGCCCCAGUCAGGUUCGAACCAUCAUGAUGGGGAGUUCGAUGACCAGUCGCACUGUGGUGACUCCUAGCAACCCUUCAAAGUAUGUCAUAGUGUCCUCACGACCACCAACUCCCAAUCAGGGCAGCAACCUGGGCAUGAAGCCGGUGUUUGUGGCCCAGCCACAGCCACUCAAGAUGGAGCACGAGGAGGUGAUCCUGGACGACUGAGCAGUGCGUCGCAGCUGCACGCGAACAACACAGCAGAGCACGGCUUUCUAGCGCCCGCGUCGGCAACGGCCGGCACGUGCUAGCUGCGCAGUGAAGAUAUUUUCGUGCCAGACAUUGAGUGGCUUACUUGCCAAUAAAAUGUCAAAUGCGUGUGAUGUGGCGGAAUUAGCAGUCAUGUUGUUGAGUAAACUUCUGCAAAUACUGUUGUUUUUUUUUUUAUUUGAAUCAAUUUUUGAACUAAAUAUCUGAUAUAGAAUGAUAUAUUUUUAGUAUAAUUUAAACAUUCAGUUAUAUUUUUUUCUUUACACUUCACAGGAGUUCCAAGAAAAAUGGAUGCAAAAUACACUAAAGGAUUUUUACUAUUACGGGAAACUUUGGUUGCUUGUGUUGUAGUACUUCUUAUCGGAGAUGGCUGAGGGCUGACAGACAUUAGUGAUCUAAACAUCAAAUAUUUUUGAUUGAUGUUAUGUGACUUUAAAGUAUAGAGAGUUUGAAGAUGUGCUACUGUGUAGUUGUGUACUUACAUGGUUUUGUUUUUCAUGAACAGUAAUGUGAACAACUGCAACAAAACUUUUGCGCUGUUGUUAUAGUGUCUAUCGGAGCGCGUGUAACUCAGUGCACGUGAUAGAAGUGAAACUUUUUUGGCAAUUCAAACCUCGACUCAUAAGUAUAGCAUAAAGGGUAUAUGCAUAUAUUUGGCCAAGUACAUAUUCUCUGUCCUUUUUGUGUCAGAAAAGUUUUACAAUCUUUCAUGAAAACAUUGCAUUAAAAUUUUGUUUUGAAAUUUUACUCCCAUCGCACCUAAAGAAGUUUCACUUCAAAAAUUAUUUUAUUUGAAAGUUUCAAAUCGAAUUAGAAAUUUAGAAUACGCGCAGACACCUAUUGUUAGGUUAUGAAAGUUCAUGCCACGUCGUAUGUCCGAGUUUCAACCAAGAGGGUGAGUGUUUAGUAUUUAAUUGCUGCUUAAUUUAAUAUGUUCUACAUCAAGCUUAUACGUUAAAUUUAAUAAUUUCUACAAAACUUUGUGUCUGGCGGAGUACCAUUUCUAAAACAGACGCUCACGACUUCAAUUACAUUACCGAUUUUGACAGUUUUGUGUACAAAUUGUACACCAAUGUCAGUUUAGUGCCCACACGUGAUGUAUUGAGUCUGUAUCCAUCUUUAGUCUUCGUCAGUGAUGACCAACUUCACUCUUCAAGGGCCAGACAUGAUUAUUAUUAAAUUUCUUAUGACAAAUUUUAA